GAAAAUUGUUUUACAAACGAAUUAAUAUUAGUAAUGCUUUUUUAUCAACAAUACAUUGUGGUUUGAAAUAUUUCAGGUCUUAUAGUUCUUAUUCAGCUGAUUAAUAUGCAAUGUCGUCUAGCACCGACGAAGAAUUGGACAUGUUGUCAACCUCAUUCAAUCCGAUCAAAGCUCUGUACUCACAAAACGUACACGUGCCUAGCACGACUGCUCAACCGCUAGACAACAUUUCUAAAUUUGAACUAACUCCUACAGGUGAAGUCAUAAUUAAACCUGAAAGACCCAGGAGACAAAAUGAAUAUAAUAUUGCAUCAAUACAACGUGAUUUAAGUGCUGUGGCCGGCUCAUCUCAAGUAUCAUUAGUUCAACGGACUAUAAAACAGAGACGAACUGUAUUGGCACGUAUGUCAGAAAUUGGCAAAUCUCGUGGGCCACUAUCUCGUAUUGCUACGUUUUGUCACACAAAACAACGAGUUAAAGUCUACAUACGAUCAGCUGUGACUGUUCGAGGUCACUGUGAAGGAUACAUUAUUGCUUUUGACAAACACUGGAACUUAGUMAUGGAUGAUGUAGACGAAGUAUGGACGAGGAAAAACAAGUACAAAUCAUUAGCUAUUGGUGAUGCGAGAAGUUUGGACGAUCCGGUGGAGAAACCGUAUGCAGUCAUCAAGAGGAUUCGAGGACACCAGGUGUGCCGAAGGCACGUUCCCCGAUUUUUUGUGCGUGGGGAACAGAUCGUUUUAGUGGCUAAAUGUCUCGUUUGAAAUUAUACUACAGUAUAUUUUGAUGAUGUUUAAUAAAUGUAUAUUUUUGCGUGUUAUAA